AUGGAACAAAAAAGAAAAAUAUUAUCUGGAAGUGAAUACAAAAAGAAACGCUUAAAGAAUGAGGAACAAGAAAGAAAGCUCAGCAAUGUUAUGAAGAAAUUCUUAGUACAAAAGUGCGGUUUAGAUGAGCCAUCCACAUCAGCAGCAACUGAUUUAGCAAAUAACAACACAGUGCCGCCCCAAUCACUUCCAGAAGAAGUUGUUGAAGAGAGCCAAAUACUAACACCAUCAGAUCUUCAUGAACAGCCGGGCAGCACAUCCACGUCAACUGCGACUGCCUUGGAUUUGGCAAAUAAAAACACAGUGCCGCCCCAAUCAAUUCCAGAAAAAAUUGUUGAAGAGAUCCAAAAAAUAACAUCAUCAGAAGUUCAUCAAGAACCGGGCCGCAUUAGCAGUGGCAGUCAGCAGGUAUUAAAAGAAAUUCCUUCAGAUCCUGCAUUAUGGCUUACUUUCUGCAUGUCAUCUCAAACUCGUCAACUACUGGUUGAGAGGGGUCCCCAUCAAAUUAAAGAAUUCGAGUUUCCUAUUAAUAAAGGAAAGCGUAGAUUUUUGCCCUCGUAUUAUUCGAAAGUGUUGAGCAAUGGUGAAGUCGUUGAGAGAAGUUGGCUUAUUUACUCUAUUGCAAGUGAUGCCGUUUUUUGCUUUUGUUGUAUAUUAUUUGAUAAUUCGUCUGAUAUUAGUGACAGGCCUAAAAAAGGCUAUUCUGACUGGAAAAAUCUUAUAAGAGCCCUCACAAUGCACGAAAAGUCUGUAAAUCACAGAAAUGCUUUUAGAGCAUGGAAAGAAUUGGACAUUCGAUUGAAACAGAAAAAAACUAUUGACGCUGAAUAUCAACGAAUUAUGGAUAUGGAACUUCAGCAUUGGAGAGGAGUUAUAAAAAGAAUUAUGUCAAUAAUUAAACUAUUGGCCUCACAAUGUUUAGCUUUUCGUGGAUCAACUGAACAUUUGUUUCAACCUAAUAACGGGAACUUCCUAAAGUUGGUAGAAUUACUUUCUGAGUUUGAUCCAGUUAUGGAAGAACAUAUCAGGAGAGUUCAACGAGAGUCUGAUAAAUAG